CUCGUAAUCAUACUCAGUAGUAUGAUGCAAAUCGAGAUAAUGUUCAAAAAGCCCGGGUCCGGGGCGCUGUAGAGUUCAAUCAGGCCCUCAGAAAGCAGUAUGGAUUUGAUCCAUCAAGGUCUAAGAGCAAGGUUUACCAACACUUUGGCGUUCUAUACCGGUCUGGAACACGCCUGGCAAGUGAAGAUAACUGCGAUGAACGUCGUUUUGAGCCCGGCGAGGACCCAAGGGGCCGCCCCCCGCUCGUCAAAACCAAGGAUGUCAACGAGAUGGAGAGGAUCCUUGAAGAACAAGAUGUCUACGGAAGGACUAUGUCUUGGGAGGCCUUAGGGUAUGAGGCUGGUCUAGACGUAUCCGGGCGUACGAUUGAACGGGCUAUGGGCACGAAAGAUUACCAUAGAUGCGUCGCAUGUAACAAGACGUGGAUCUCUCAAAAUCUGGCGAAAAAACGAGUCGAUUGGGCUACUUUGAUGAAGGCCCGGUAUCCUACCAAGUAUACCUGGCGGAAGGUCCGUUUUAGCGACGAGUCCCACGCUGGGCAUGGUCCGCAGGGAAAGUUGAUAAUCAUUCGACGAAAGGGCGAACGGUAUUGCCCCAAAUGUGUACAACGCGAAAGAGACGUUAAAGAAGACGCCAAAAAGAAGGUACAUGUAUGGGGGGCUGCAGGGUACGACUUCAAAUCAGACCUUACAACGUACGAUGUACCGAGCAAUACCACAGGCAAGAUGAGCCAAAGCGUAUAUAUCGAUUCUAUUCUGGAUCCUAUUAUCAAACCUUGGAUCCAGAACGGUCACGAUUUCAUAAUAGAAGAGGACCAAGUCUCCGGCCAUGGGCCCACACGGAGUAAGGGAAAUAUCGUGAAGGAAUAGAAGGCCCAAAACGAUCUGAAACACUACUUUAAUUGCGCCUCAUCUCCGGAUGUCACAGCACGCACGUAGUGAGCUAGCGUGAUACAAAUGGU